GCAACAUUGCAUGGAUGAGUGUGACGUAGUAGUGCUUCCUGUCCGCAUGGUGGACAGCGACGUUGUUUAUUAUGAAGUAAAACUAUCUAUGUACCUGGAUGUGACUGUGUGGGAUUUUACAGCGUAUACCCACUGUGUCCUCGUCUUUGAAACAAAGAAAAUAGAUGUCAGACGACAGAAACCCAUCCUAAAACUCUUAUUCUUGGAUACAUAGCGCUUGUUAGCUUGCUGUGCUAGCUGGUGGACUUGUGGAGAAUGAAGACUUCUAACACCAGCAUCAUGGACAUGUUUGAGAAGGGAAAGGUCCUGAAGAUAUGUGCUCCAAUGGUUCGAUAUUCAAAGCUUGCAUUCAGGUCCUUGGUGAGGAAAUACAACUGUGAUAUCUGCUUCACCCCGAUGAUAGUUGCUCCUGACUUCAUGCGAUCUGUGAAAGCCAGAGACAGUGAAUUCACAACCAAUGAGAGUGACCGGCCCCUGAUAGUGCAGUUUGCUGCCCCUGAUGCCCAGACGCUGGCUGAUGCAGCCUGUGUGGUAGCACCUUUCUCAGAUGGAGUUGACCUCAACUGUGGCUGUCCUCAGAGAUGGGCUAUGUCAGCCGGGUAUGGUGCAUGCCUCAUCAACAAGCCUGAACUUGUGAAAGACAUGGUUACCCAUGUCAGAAACCAAGUGGACAGGCCAAACUACACAGCAUCCAUCAAAAUAAGAAUUCAUAAGGACCUGAGGCAGACAGUGGAUCUGUGCCAGAAGGCUGAAUCAGCAGGUGUGUCAUGGAUAACGGUCCACGGCCGCACAGCAGAAGAACGCCACCAGCCGGUCCAUUACGAUGCCAUCAAGACAAUCAAAGACAGCGUAUCCAUCCCUGUCAUUGCCAAUGGGGACAUAAAGUACCUCCGUGAUGUGGAAACCAUUCACCAGCUUACUGGUGUCGACGGUGUGAUGGCUGCGCGGGGGUUGCUUUCAAACCCUGCCAUGUUCACCGGCUAUGAGGAUACUCCUUUGGAGUGUAUAUGGGACUGGGUGGACAUCUCUCUAGAGCACGGCACUCCAUUCACCUGUUUCCACCAGCAUCUUAUCUACAUGCUGGAGAGGGUGAGCUCCCAGCCUGAGAGAAAAGUGUUCAAUUCUCUAUCCAGUACCUCAGCUGUAAUAGAUUACCUCCAGGACACAUAUGGGUCAGUGAAUGAACUGUUAACAUGAGUAUAUUGAAAUGUGAUAUUUUAAAUUUUGUAUUUUGUUUUAUUUUUAUGCCAAAUAAAAAUGCGAAGCUAUAGAGGUG